AUGACGAUUUCAAAAAAAUUUACGAUUUCCCAGUCACGGCACUUAGGGGUUCCCUCGGCCACGGCCGAAAAAAACGCAAACUUUUCAUUUAAUAUUUUUUUAUUGUGUUCAAAGUAACUUUACGAGAUUACAAUCAACUCUCAGAGAGAAAAAUAUACCUAAAUUUUUGGAAAGUCGCAGAUAAAUUUUUUUCCAUGAAAUUACUUUGAGCACAUAUUGUCUGAUAGUUUUAUUAAAUUAAAAUGUUUCUUUUCUAAUAUUGCAACAAUCAAAAAUAAUAUAUGAAUAAUUCGUUUUUUAGUCUCCAAUCCUGGCUAGCCUUCUUUCAAAAGGUAUCUACAGCUUUAUCGCGUUCGAGGUAGCAGCUGCGGCGGCAUCUUACGCAGGAUUCCGUGCUCUUCGCCGCAGUGAAAACUCGAGGAAGUACCUGUAUCAGAACUUUCCGUCACUUUCAAACACGUAUUACUGGGUUGAAGAUUCGAUAUCGUUCGGACAGCUGACGGUGAGCCUUAUUUACACAGUUUAUUUGGAUUCACCCGACAUUCCUUGAUAAAAUUCACGAUUUAGGGAACUCGCCUGCGUAUGAACGACCUACGGCGCUGGGCGGAAGUCAGCAAGGAAGCCGAGGCGUUCGAAACGGACUGAAAAUAACCUUUUUAAUCCGAAAAUGGUUUCUCGAUCGACAAUCCAGAGCCUGAUCCUGGGCAGCAGUUUGAUCCUGGCCCUCACUUGCAACUCCAUUCACGAUUACUACCAGAAGAACAAACCUCCGCCAGAUAUUCCAGUUCAAGCUUGGGAUAAGUAUGUCAAGUUGCAAAAGGCGUCUGGCAAAGAUGUAUAGUCGUUGUUUUUUUUUUGUUUUGUUUGCAUUUUUCGAAAGCAAUGAACAUUUCUAGGCUUUUCUGUUGGUUUUUUUCUUGUUGUGUAAAAUCGGUAUGAGAACCUCGGAUGUUUUUUUGAAGUUUUAAGAAAGAGAAAACUUAUUCAAAGAUAAAUUUCUUAGAAAUGUCACAAACCGGACCUUUCAUUAGAGUGCAGAGCGUGAGCGCGCCACUUAAGGGAUCAUUUCCUUUGGAUCAUGAUGGCUCCUGCAAACUGGAAAUGCUGAAGUAAGUUGUUUUACACUUUACUACGAUAAAAAAAUAGACAGAAUAAGUUCGUGAGAUAGGAAAGAUUAGAUAUUCAAAGUGUCUUGUGGAGUUUUUGAAGCGCAAAAGGGUUCUUCGCGAGGGUUCUAAUCUUCAUGAUCUUCAUUAAAAUCAGUUCAUGCUUAUUCAAAAACGUCGACAAAACCAUGAUAUAGCUUUGAAGAUACAGAACAAUGGAAAUUUCUCCCGGCUCCGUCCUGCGCCUUUAAAUUAUCUCAAUAAAAGUUUCCCGUCUAGAUACAUGUGCUGCCUUCACGAAAAAGGCCAGAAGAACAGCGAAUGCCGAGAAUUGGCCAAGUCCUACUUUUCCUGCCGGAUGGACAACAACUUGAUGAGUCGCGACGAUUGGUCAAAAUUAGGCUACGACGGGUAG